AUGGUGAUCAUACUUUGCGAAGAUACAACAGCGGCCCUCACGGCGAGGCGCACGAUUCGCUGCCUUUACCGCCAGCCACUCGCCGUGCCCAACCGCCGUAUCCCUACCAUUGUCGCCUGGGCCAAACCGCGUGUGGAUGGGUUUUGCCAGGAGUUGGCUGCGCAGCUGGCCAAGGGGCCGAUAGAGGGCGACACUUCUAUUACCCACGUCACCCAUGUCGUCCACCUUUUACACAGUGCGGCCUUUAUCGCCUUUGACGUCUUUCUCGGCGACUGCCCGUCAGCCGUGCGCGAAGAGGUCGUCGGCCAAACCGAGCAGCCAAUCCACUUUGUGUUUAUCAAGACGGGCCACAGCGACGCGACAACGUACGUGCAGCGCCGCGCCAAGCUCGACAAGGACGUCCGUGGCCGUAUUGAGUUUAUUCGGCGGCUCGAUCAAGGCCCGCCACCGUUGGUCUCGGACGGGACGCACGCGCUGACUUACGUCGACGGGCAGCGUAUCGAGCGUGAGGACGUGGAGGCGUUUUGGACGGCGCGGUGGGAAGCGGUCAAAGCAAAGGAGGAGAGACAGGCGAGUGAAAAAGAGCUGGAGGAGGAGACAAAGACAAUGGAAAACCAGGGGCGAAAUGGACACGAGAAAGACGAUGACGAGGUGGCACAAGAGGCACCGUCGAUAUAA